GGAUGAGCUCCGAUAAGGUCCAGAUGGCCGAAACUGGCAGCAAGGUUGAGCCCCCUCCUACUGCCGUCUCGUUCUUCGAUCCCGCACUCAAGACAGCCCGUCGCAGUGUGUUUUUUCAAUGGGGCCGAACAGUCUUGCUCCUUUGCGUCUUCAUUCUCUGUAUCCUGUCUUUGUUCUGGGCCGUAGAGUUUCACACCGAGUCCAGAUUCCCCAAGCUGACCGUCUGGGUUGUCGAUUUUGAUGGCCAGCUGGAGCCCUAUCGCAAUGAAACUCCCAUCGUGGGCCCAGCCGUGACCGAGGUGGUGGAUCAGAUCCUCACCUCAAGCAGCGAGCACCUCGGCUAUACGAUCAAAUCCCCGGCAGACUUUAACAAUGAUCCCUGGGCCGUGCGUCAGGGAGUGUACGAUGAGCAUGCAUACGCCGCCGUCAUCGUCAAUGCCAACGCCACUGCUCUGCUCCGUGAUGCUGUCGUCAACGGAAACUCAUCCUACGACCCUUUGGGCGCAGCCGAGUUCGUCAUCAUCAGUGCUCGCGAUGAAUCCACCUAUUAUAACUACAUCAUGCCGUUCCUAUCCCAGUUCGACCUCGCCGUUCGGUCGUACUUCGGACCCCGCUGGAUACAAACCGUCGCUCAGGAGGGAUACAACAUCACCCAAGUGCCACAGGCCAUCAACCCAGCCAUCGGGUUCACCACGAUCGACCUUCGAGCUUUCAGACCGGCUGUCAUUUCUCCGUCCGUGAGCAUCGGUCUGAUCUACCUAAUUAUCCUCGCCUUCUUCAACACGCCAUUCAUGAUGCCCAUCCACAUCCAGUUCAUCAAGGGCAAGCAUCCCCCAUUGAAAAUCCCCCAGUGGCUCGCGUGGCGCAUCUUGUCCAACAUCGGCACCUACUUCUUCCUCUCCCUCUUCUACUCGUUCGUGUCCUUGGCCUUUCAGAUCCCGUUCAACAACCCCUCCGCACCGGACACCCAGCCAGCCGCCAACCCUAAUGCCUACGGCCACGGCUCCUUCGUCGUAUACUGGAUGCUGAACUGGGUGGGCAUGUGUGCGCUUGGUUUUCCCUGCGAGAACAUGGCCAUGAUCAUCGGUCUCCCGUGGAGUGCGCUCUUCCUCAUUUUCUGGGUCAUUACCAACGUAGCGACCGGCUUCUACGCUCUAGACCUCGCACCAGGCUUUUUCCGAUGGGGCUACGCCUGGCCUCUUCACCGAAUCGUCGAAGCCCUACGCACCAUUCUUUUCGACACCCAUUCCCGGAUCGGGCUCGACUUUGGCAUCCUAUUCUGCUGGAUUGCGUUCUCGAUUGCUCUGUUCCCGUUUGCUGCGGCGUUUAUGCAGUGGAAGAUUAAGCGGGGCUGGGCGUGAUUCAGUUCGUUCUCCAGCAACCCAAAAUAGACUAAUUUCUAGAUUUUCGGCUUUUUAGUGUUGACGGUCGCUUCGUUAAAAUAGAUCUAUGCUGUGCUAAUCUGUAUUUAAUAUCCAUACCCUCUCUUCUCUUCCAUCAUGUACAUAUUUUCUCGUCCCUGUUGUAGGGUCAUAAUAUGUAAUGUACUGUGCUUGCAUGUUAUAAUGUACGAUGUAU